CUGGAUCUCAGAAGGAAGGGCUUUUGCUUACUUCAGGAAAUCAGACCUGCUUUUGAACUGGACUAUUUUGGCUUCCCUUGUAAGAACUCUGGUGGCUGUCUCUGCUCAGCAAGCUCCUAGACUCCACAGUACAUGGAAAAAUGCAAGCUUUACCAGACAUGAAAGCGCCGUGUGAGGCACUUCCUUCCCCCAGCCUGGAGCCCUACCCACAGAGCUCCAUUGUGGUCACCCUGGAGGACAUGGGUCUCUGGAUGAAGUUUCAUCAGAUCGGAACUGAGAUGAUCAUCACCAAAUCCGGCAGACGAAUGUUUCCACAGUGCAAAAUCAAAGUCUCUGGCUUAAUCCCAUAUGCCAAGUACCUCAUGCUGGUAGAUUUUGUGCCAAUGGAUAACUUCAGGUACAAGUGGAAUAAAGAUCAGUGGGAAGUUGCUGGAAAAGCAGAGCCCCAGCUCCCUUGUCGCACCUACGUCCACCCAGAUUCCCCAGCUCCUGGCAGCCACUGGAUGAAAGAACCUGUCUCCUUCCAAAAACUGAAGCUCACCAACAACACUCUGGAUCAACACGGGCAUAUCAUCCUCCACUCCAUGCACCGUUACAAGCCUCGCUUCCACAUUGUGCAGGCAGAUGACCUCUUCAGUGUCCGCUGGAGCAUCUUCCAAGUCUUCAGCUUCCCUGAGACUGUCUUCACUUCUGUUACUGCCUACCAGAAUGAGCAGAUUACAAAGCUCAAGAUUGACAACAAUCCAUUUGCUAAAGGUUUCCGUGAACAUGGGAAGAACACUCGAAGGGAAGGACGAGCCAAAUGCCAGAAGUCGAGUCCAGCCAAGGGCCAGAAGAGGAAGCAACCCGAGGAAAAGGAGUCCAGUGCUGAGGAACGUGAUUUUGAGAAAGAUGAGAAUGCAGAUGUGAAGGAAGAGAGUAACCCCAUCGUGGUCAGCAGCGGAUACCCCUUCUGGGUCUCAGAGCAGAAUGGCAGCCAUGCCUUUCCUGCAGCAUCACCGGUGCCAGCUGACCAGAGGGAGGGUCUGGCCAGAGAGCAGCAAGUGCCUACGCCGUCCUACCAGACAUAUCGGUUCCACGAAGCAGGGGACAGCCAGCAGCUUCCCACCCGCGACGCCGUGGCCUUGAACGAGUUCCGAGCAAGGUGCCACCCCUUGGAUCUGGCCACGGUGCCCGACCAUGACUCCAAACAGCUCCCAGAGGGCUUCACCAACCUGCCUCCACUCCCCCCGCCUCUGCCUCCUCCCCAGGACUACACAGGAGUGGUGAACAUGGCUCUAGACUCUGUUGGGAAACCCGGGGCCCGAGCGCCCAUGUACAGUCCCUAUGGCACCGAGCAAGGCCUCGGCCAGUGGAUGGUGCCUUCCCACAGCCAGUACAGGGCAAUGAGCUACUCGGCCUUCUCCACAGAGUACAAUACACAGGGGGCUCCAGGACAUGCCCACGGGACCAUGGCAGAGUGGAGCCAGUACCCUCUGUUCCCCUAUGCCUGCUGGUGAACGGGAAAGACCCUUCCCAAUGAAAAGACUGAAAGACAAUUGUAAAUGAGAUAAUAUUUGCUCUGGAGUGUUCAUCUUGAAGCCUUGUCUACACUAGGCGAAGAAGCAUUGCUGCAAGCAGUAGCAUGGGACACCGUCGCUUCCUUGUCUCCUUGUACAACAACCCUCACUGUAUUUCACAAGCAGUGGCUAAACUGGUGGCUGUCCCGGCCGUGUCACUGCGGGUCUGGCUAAAUCAAUGUGUUCUGCAGUGUUUUUCUUCCCAGCAAGAGCAGGAAACCACAGGACCUGCAAUGGCAGUAUUUAAAGAUCUGAUGAUCAUUCAGUCCCAGGCUGUUUGUGUCUUGCAUUUGGCAGUUUCCAAAAUCCUUUCCUUCCAGGACUCAUGUGCAAGGAGGUAGGGACUGAGGAGUUUCAGUAAGUCGUCCAAGGUGGCCAAGAAGCUGUAGAGAAUUAUUGCAAAGAUGAGCAAAACAAGAUAUCCUGGUGCCCUUUUGAGCAGUUUCCUCACUUAGUAUAGUCAAACUAAAGCUAGAGUAUUGCCUUUCUUCCAGCAGCAUACAAGAGUUAAAUACACAGCAACGCCUGUGUGUCUGGAGCGCAGCAGUGGGUCGCACAGGCAGGGAAGCGUUUGUCCUGUGCAGGAGAAGCAGCAGCAAGGCUGAGUGUUGUGUCUGCCUGUCCCCUGUGCCCAUCCCUCUUCUGUCACCCC